AGCUAUACAGCACUUGUGUAGAUUCACAUUUCCAUAGAAUAGUGUAAAACAAAAAUGCGCUGAGAAAGCGACGCAGUUUCGUAUCCAUUAAGUGUCUACGUCAACUUUUCAAUCAACAUCACAGUGGAGAUUGUCGGAGAAAGCGAGGCGGUCGAGUUCAAAGAUAAGACAAUGUCGGUCAUCAACUUGAAGUUUGGUCGAAGGUGAUAAUCAUUCGAAUGGCCAAAAUGACAAAAGAUAAAGGGCCAGUGUUUGCACUGGUUGUCUUUCUAUUGUUUAUCGGACAGACAGUGGGGGAAAUUCACCGAGCGAAGGCGACCAAAGCGAAACCUCUCCCCCGAACACGGACUGACUUUUUCACCGACUCGGAGAACGGCGUGGUGAAUAAGCUGUCUGACAACACCAUGGAUGCUACUACAGGAACGGACGUCUUCUUUAAUUCAAAUCGGAAAGAAGCAUGGAUUUAUUCAUUGAUAGGCUCAGUGGUGGUUGGCUUGAGUGGAGUUUUCCCACUACUUGUCAUACCCAUUGAGGCCGGCCCCUCUUUGCAUCAUGGACCUGCCGCUAGUAAGUUAAAGUUGCUGCUGAGUUUUGCUGUUGGAGGUUUACUUGGGGAUGUCUUCCUACAUUUGUUACCAGAAGCCUGGGCUCAUGCUGGUAGCUCAGGGGAUGGAGGUCAUGAGGAUCACACCAGUAUUGGAUUGUGGGUGUUGGCAGGUAUCCUCACCUUCCUCAUCCUGGAGAAGAUCUUUGCUGAGGAUGAUGAGUUUGACCCGUUAGAGGACAGUGAUGAUGAUGAACCUUCAGAAAAAACAUCUAUAACAACAACAACAAAUUCCACUGUAAGACAAAGAAACAUUGAUCACAGCAAAACACAGAACGGUGAUAUCAACUACAACAAAACUUCAAAUGCAAAAGUCGUGGCUAAUGGUAGUGUGGCUGGCCAAGAAAGCGAUGAUGAAAAGAAAAUUAAUAUCAAAGUAAGCGGUUACUUAAACCUGAUGGCUAACUGUAUUGACAACUUUACCCACGGCCUGGCGGUGGCAGGGAGCUUUCUUGUUAGCACAAAGGUGGGUUUCUUGACGACAUUUGCCAUACUCAUCCAUGAGAUUCCUCAUGAGGUUGGAGAUUUUGCCAUCUUACUGAGGUCAGGAUUUAAUCGAUGGAGGGCAGCUAAGGCGCAGUUACUUACAGCAUCUGGUGGGAUUCUGGGAGCUGUUUUCGCUUUGACCGCGGACUCGGCAAAAAGUGCAGGGGAACAAACAGCCUGGAUUUUACCAUUUACAUCGGGCGGGUUUUUGUACAUAGCAUUAGUGACAGUUGUACCUGAUUUACUUCACGAGAAACACGUAAAGGAAUCGAUAAAACAGAUUGUCUGUUUACUAGGGGGAAUACUUGCGAUGUUACUGGUCACAUGGUUUGUGGAGUGAACUUUACAUCAUCCUUCAACAAUUGAUUGUUUCGUUUUGGUGCUUACACAGUCACAUCUAGUCAUCCGUUUCUGCUUAGCUCAAUAUUUGCACAUAUUGAACAGCUAUAAGAUCUUCAUCCCCAGUUGGUUGAAUCUGUUCAUGAAUAUUCAGUAUACUGCAUACAUAUCAGAUUCGUGUGUAAGUUAAUGCCUCAGCAGAAGUUAUAAUUUCAUCAUACGGUAUACAAUGUACUUUUGUACCACACAGCAUGGCUGGUAUGCUCUCUGGGCUAAUGUGCAGUUUCUCACAGUCCAAGCUAAAUCCAAAAACUUUGUAAUAAAUUAUGCUUACUAAUCCAUAAAUAUUCACAAGUCAUAAUUUAAUUACAGUAAGUGAUAUUGCGCUACUUUUUAUUAUGUGCUGGGUACCAAUCCCUUUCCAAAAUGUUUUUCAUCAGUUGCAUGCAUAUGUAUCAAGGUAUGAACUCUCCCUGUUAGAUGUAUUCAAAAUCAAAUUCUAUGAAGUUAACAGUUGAAUCUCCAGGAGAUUUGUUAGGAUGAAAUUCAUUUGUAGGACUUCAUGUACAGUGUAUUUACAUCUUCUACAGCACUGUGACAAAGUAUCUUUAAGGUUAGCAAAUUAGAAUUAUGUCUUUGGGGGAAUUAAUUGGAAAUCUAAAAAGAAAACAGGCUAGGCAGAUCUGGGAGUGUAAAUUACCAAAAGUUAAACUAUAGCUACAUUUUUUUUGUCUUGCUUGCUGUACAGCUUACAGGACAGUUGUCUGAUUGGUCAUGUUAAUUUCAUCUGUAUCUCAUGGAAACUUAAAGGAGAAGAAAACUUUAAAAAAUGACACUAUAGGCUGAAAAGAGCACAUUUUUUUUCUAUCUGGUGGUGCCUGUUGCAUAAUUGUGAGAUUUUUCCUCGCCACAUGUAAUUUAUGCUGGAGAUGUGUUAUCUCUCAGCCAAUGAGAGUCGUUAAAACUGCCUGCUUGUUCGUGUAAACUCGGAACCUACGUCCAACAUUCCGGUUUCCCGAUCCUCAGGCAGAAAACGAACUGUACUGUUCGCUGCCUUCUGGGAAGAAGAGUUUUACAAGGAAUGUAGGAACUACAAAUCAGCGGUUUCUGAUGACAAUUCUCCUCCUAACACAGAAGUCUUCAGGACUACUUCUUAGGCAAAAUGGAGUUGAUCACAGCAGAUUUUGGCGAUGGCUUUAUUCAUAAUUUAUCAACAUAUUAGAAUUUUAUUUAUGGCAUGCACCUGCAAGGAAAUGCAUACUCUUUUUAAUGGUAUUUGUUUGAUAUUUAAGUUUUCUUCUCCUUUAAGCAUGUGUGUAAAGUGUUUUUUAUCAUAGUUUGACUGACCAACUUUUAAAUCCAUGCAUAAUAAUUUUAAUAAUCACAGGUCCAUUAAAAUGAUUUCUGCAAAGUGACGUACAAUUUGACCACUAUGUAAUGACUGUCACCUUGAAAGAUGUAUUAAUAAUCAUUAUUAAUUAAUGUCUUACACCAAUUAUUUGGAAUUCUGUCCCAGAAGAAACAUGCUCAUAAGCAUAUCCUGUUUGAUCCAUGUAAAUAGAACUUUGUGAUCAUACACAGUGAUGUAAACUUAUUAAUUAUGAAAGCAAUCCCAUAAUGGUCCUGGCCUACAGAUAUAUACAUGUGUGUGUAUAUAUAUAUAUAUAUAUUAUAUGUACUUGUGGUACAUAGGUGUGGAUUAUGAAUAUCUGCCUGAACGAAUUAUGGCUGUCCACAAACUGUAUAAAAUGGACUGGUGGUUCUUGUUCACAAGCUGACAAGCAGAAUUUUGAUUUGUGAAGUAAAAUAAGUGAUGAAUAAGGUCCUAUAUAUUUUAAGUAGAAAAAUUUUUUAUAAGAUUUCGGUCUCCAGCAUAAUUUUUAAUGGGAAGUUUCAAAACAUUUGGAAUAUUUAUAGUGUUGAGUGGAAGUCACUCAAAAUCUAUUGUUUCAAGCAUCUUUUAGUCAUAAUGUUAGUUGUGAAGAUAUUUAAAAUUUGUACUAUGUAAAUUUGGGGAGAUUUUAGUAGCCAUGUUCAUAUAUGUAUUCAUGUGUUGAUCAGAAAUGCGUUCAAGCUUUAUGCAAGGCUGAGUGAAGUGGCGUCCAGCUUUAUUUUGUGUGGUCUGGAUUUGAAAUCCUCUUACAUGCAAGAUUAAAGUAAUUCCAAAAUGUAAGACUAAGCUGUGAUAUUUAUGGUUUACAAUGUGAUGCGGAUACAUGUAGGACAUUUGCAUAAAAAUGUGCACAAGUAGCUCUUGUAUUGCUAUGUUAUGUAUGAUAAAUGAUCCAGGUCAGGGUUUCAGACUGUCAAAGACAUUGGGUUUGUUGUGUUCCCUCCCUCUUCAGAGCUUGCAGUAUCUGCACAUAUGCUGUGGGAGGAAGUGAGUUAGUGGAACAGCCAGUUAUGCCAGAGACUCUGACCUGGCUUAUCAUGUAUAGCUUUUAUAAUUGAUUGCUAUCAGCGUUGACACUUCGGCCCAAGUUAUCAAGGCUCUCUAUCAAACGUAAUAUGUACAUAUUUAGAUAUUUUUCUGAUGAAAUGAAAUAUUGAUAGCAGUUUUAAGAAAUGUUUCUAUGAAUGUUAAAUAUGUGUUUGUUAAUGUUUAGUAUUUACAAAGAAGAAUGCACUUAGAACAAAGCUAAUUUUAUCAGGUUUUUAGCAGGUGUGUUGCCACAUAUUUGUGAGUCACCAGUAAUAAUGUUAUUGUUCCAUGACAAAUACUAAUAGUAUGUACUUAUUUAGGACCUGUGUCCCUUGGCUUUUGAAAGCACAGAUAUCGUAUGCCCUGGAUGUAUAGACAGUUUAAGUUACAAUCCAAGCAUUGUAGCAUUUAUUGAAAACAAUCCACUAGCAUUUAUCAGUUCAGCCUCUAAGCAGACUUGAGCAGUUCUUCACACUAGUUACAACUACAUAUUUGGUGAUUUUGUAUGUCUGACUUUGGACUACUAAUUAUUAUAAUAUCUUAUAUAAGAGGUGUAAAAAUCAGGGUUAAAAGUUGUUUAUGAAAAGUAAUUUGGCAGUUUGGUUUGUCCACAAACAUGCUAUAUGUUGCUGUCCAAAUUUGCCCGAGCAACAAGUUUGAAAUUCUGCAAAUUAAAAUAGAAAACUAUAUGGUUUAGAUGUGUAAAGAAGCUUAACACUAAAGGUAUCAUGGUUUAUUUCAGUAAUUUUUUUAGAGAGUAGUCAACAACCAUUACCUGUUUUUCUCGAACUGAUUAAAGCUAAAAAGUUUGAGAAUCACAAAAUCUUCAAGCUUUUGAGAUUGCUCAUAGUAUUGCUACCUGUUAAAAGAAAUAUAAGAAUCCUUAAACUAUUUGGGGUAAUUAUUUGUCCAACACCACCAAUGUUUGAGAUUAUUGGACCCAUAGAACUUGAACUUGAUAUAAGUUUUUCUCACUGUGUGAGCUGCAGGUGUGUACGUGAUAUGUAUAAACGGUACUAGGAGAAUUCCUGUAGAUGACCCAAUUGUAUGUCAGAUGUGUACGCUUUUGUGUAUAAUGUGUAUACAUUUGUGUCUGUGACACAUGGUCAGAAAAAUAAAAUUUAUUUUGAUUCAGUG